UCCACGCUAAAAUUAAACGCCAGAAGUUGCAAUGCCACCGGCUUGGCCAAGCCAGGCAAGACGUUUUACCCACCAGCUGCAACUGGUGGUAGCGGAUCUCCGUCCCUCUGGCAGGGAAGCAGGUCCACGCCAGUCCCAGUGCUCCAAGGCACACCAAGCUGCCACCAAACCGCGCAGCCUGCCAGGCACCCCUCUCGCCCUCCAUCCCCGGUGGCUCAUGGUAGGAGAACGCGCACACCUGCGGAGCGCUGCGGGGCGGCGGCUGCCCGCGCGGGGCUCUCGGCAGCGGCUCCCCGGCUGCAGGUCGGGCGAGCGGUCGGAGGGUGGAGUGAGAGGGACAGGCUGGGCUCGGCGCAGCAGUCCGCGGCGGGCGGGCAGCCCGGCACUUUCCUUUUCGGCGCGGGGAGGAGCGGCAGCUGCGCAGGCGUUGCUCGCACCCUGUUGAUUAGUCAGUGCUGGGAUGGCGCUUCCUGGGCCAGGCGAGGCGGCGGCGACGGUGGCGGGCGGCCCCAGCCGGUCCCGGCGGGCGGCGGGAGCAGCAGCAACCACAGCAGCAGUCACCCUGCGGGGCUCCCCUUCUGCCUAGCCCGGCAUGUCCCGGGGCGGCCGACGCUGAGUGCGGCGGGGUCGCCCCGUCCUUCCCUCUGUCCCUCCCCGCUGGCUGCAGCCCCGCCGGGUGUGAGCACCCCGCCGACGCUGCCCGUCUGGCUCCCCUCCCAUUCCUCCGUCUCGUCUUGCCCUCCCCGGGCUGGGAAGAUGGACCCCGGCCCUCCGCUGGGCUGCAGCCUGAAGGACGUGAAGUGGAGCGCAGUGGCCGUGCCUCUGAACCUGCUCGUCAGCACCUACCGGCUGCCCCAGAUCGCCCGGCUGGACAGCGGUGAAACUGUGGAAGGCCUGCGAGAGAGUGAUUACCUUCUGAUUCACUCGUGUCGGCAGUGGACGACAAUCACAGCUCACAGUCUGGAGGAAGGCCACUACGUCAUAGGGCCAAAGAUAGAAAUCCCUGUGCAUUAUGCAGGGCAGUUUAAGCUGCUGGAACAAGACCGAGAUAUUAAGGAGCCAGUGCAGUAUUUUAACAGUGUGGAGGAGGUGGCUAAAGCAUUUCCUGAACGAGUUUACGUCAUGGAGGAAAUAACAUUCAACGUUAAGGUGGCUUCAGGUGAAUGCAAUGAAGACACUGAGGUUUACAACAUUACCCUUAGCACUGGGGAUGAGCUCACUUUAAUGGGGCAAGCAGAAAUCCUUUAUGCAAAGUCUUCGAAGGAGAAGUCACGCCUCAACACCAUCUUCAAGAAGAUCGGGAAGCUCAAUUCGAUUAGUAAGCUGGGCAGAGGCAAAAUGCCCUGCCUCAUCUGCAUGAACCACAGGACCAACGAAAGCAUCAGCCUCCCUUUCCAGUGUAAGGGCAAGUUCAGCACCCGCAGCCCGCUGGAGGUGCAGAUGCAGGAAGGGGAGCACACGAUCCGCAACAUAGUGGAGAAAACCAGGCUGCCCGUUAACGUGACCGUGCCCAGCCCCACGCCACGCAACCCGUACGACCUGCAUUUUAUCCGUGAGGGGCACAGGUACAAGUUUGUCAACAUUCAAACCAAGACUGUGGUGGUUUGCUGCGUGCUUCGUGGCAACAAAAUUAUCCCCAUGCAUUUUCCUUUGCAUUUGAUGCUUCCGAAGUUCACUCUCCCCGACAGCCUGGUGAAGGGAGAGCUGUGGCACGAAACGCUCAUCCAGCACUGGUUUAACAUUUGCCAGGAGCAGUUCGACAUAGAUGAGUACUCCCGGGCCGUGCGAGAUGUAAAGACCGACUGGAACGAAGACUGCAAGAGCCCAAAGAAAAGCCGGUGCCCAGGGCACAGCCAUGUGCCCAACUCCCUCAGCUACGCACGGGACGAGCUCACCCAGUCCUUCCACCGCCUCUCCGUCUGCGUCUACGGCAACAACUUGCACGGGAACAGCGAGGUGAACCUGCACGGCUGCAGGGACUUGUGCAAUGAGUGGGCCCUCUUCUCACACGACGCUCUGCAGUACCAGGAGUCUGGAGACAGCAGCAGCGAUUAUCUUUUCCCCGAAGUGAGUGAAGAAUCAAUGUUUCUGCCUACAAAGCCAGAGCUUCCUUACGAAGAGCUGUGGCUGGACCAAGGGUCUGGGAAGGCUGGAGAGCAGCUCCUCACUCGCUCGCUGAGUGAGAAGAACAAAUGUGACAACUACAGAGGGUCUUUCCGAUCGAAGGGCGGUCCUGCAUCUCUUCCUGUGUCCACGACUGUUGGAGCAACCACAAAGUCUUCAGAUGUUUCCCUACCUCCACCUCCAGUGCCUCCCAAAUCAGAAGCAGUAAAAGAGGAAUGCAGGCUCCUGAAUGCUCCUCCCGUCCCACCGCGGAGUUCAAAGCCGUCCUCCACCAGCCCUUCCAUCCCUCCUCGCACAGUCAAAGCUGCCCGCCAGCAGACCCGCUCUCCUAGUCCUACUCUGUCCUACUACUCUUCAGGACUGCACAACAUCAGUGUCACAGAGAGUGACAACACCGACCCAGCUGACAGCACACCUGUUUCCUGCUACCCUUGCAACAUGAUGAAACCCGAAUCCAAAGAGCCCGAGAGCACGAUACCUUUGGGAAGCCCCUCAAGUGAAGCUCUGCCUUCCAGGUUAUCUUGGCCAAACCACUUGUCAGGAACUGCUGAAGGCCUGAACAGGAGCGACUUCCUCCUCGAUCCAAGCAGGAGCUACAGUUACCCCAGACAGAAGACUCCAGGUACGCCAAAGAGAAACUGUCCAGCACCUUUGACUUUUGACUUUGAUGGGUGUGAGCUGCCAGCGGGGUACUCCCUGCUGACCUCAGCAGAGUUCACAAACACCAUCUCCAGCUGUCCAAAGUCAGCAAGUUACUCUCUAGACUGCACUGAUGAAAAAACUCUUGGAGUCAGCAGCACAAAGCAGAGCCAUUCGUGUCCUGCCUUACCUCCUCGGGCACCAAAGUCAGCUGAAGAGAAAACGGUUACAGACACGAGUCCCUUGCCGCUGAAAAUAGAUGGUGCUGAGGAGGAGUCAAAAACUAGUUCUCCAGACGUCCUGGAGGAUCAGUGUCUCAUCAAAAAGGGCAUGCAGGAUGCGUUCUCUGGGUCUUAUCCUUUCUCAUCUCCCCUCCACCUCCAGUUAGCACCGAGGUCUUGUGGGGAUGGCUCUCCCUGGCAGCCACCCACGGACCUUUCUGGACUCUCGAUAGAGGAAGUGUCUAAAUCGCUGAGGUUUAUCGGUCUGUCAGAAGAUGUCAUAUCCUUUUUUGUUACAGAGAAGAUUGAUGGCAAUUUACUGGUUCAGCUUACAGAAGAAAUCCUGUCAGAAGACUUUAAGCUAAGCAAACUGCAGGUUAAGAAAAUCCUGCAGUUCAUUAAUGGCUGGCGGCCCAAGAUGUGAUGCUGACUGGUGGAACUGUACGAGGUGUGCUCGAUGCACUUCAGCUAAUCCAUCACUUCCUGGUUUUUGCACUAAAAGCCCUUCCUGUAAAUAGCAGUAGAAAAAUUCUUACUAUGCAGAUAAACAUUUUUGAGUGGUGAAUGGAUAUUUUUGGUUGGGUUUUUUGUUUGUUUGGUUUUUGUAUGUCAAAAAUAAAGGUAAGAGAAUCUGCA